AUGACGAAGAUGAGGAGGAAGAGGAUGAAGAAGAAGAAAUAGAUGUUGUGACAGUGGAGAAAAGACGCUCCUCCUCCAACAAGGCUGUUACCACCCUUACUAUUACAGUGCGUCCUAAAAAUACCACUUUUCCAUCAGUUAGGACACAGCAGAAUGAACUGAUUUUAAAGCGUUGCGCACCAAUUCACCAGCAGCAUAAUUACGCUGCUCCUUCUCCGUACAUGGAGAGUGAAGAUGCUCCACCACAGAAAAAGUUAAAAACCGAGGUGCCCCGUCCAGUAAAACCCAUUAUCCAACCAAAGUCUAAGAGUUCAAGUCCUCGAAACUCUGAUUCGGAGGAUAGUGAACGUCGACGCAACCAUAAUAUCCUGGAGCGUCAACGGCGUAAUGAUCUACGGUCAAGUUUCCUCACAUUAAGGGACCAUGUUCCAGAACUGGUUAAAAAUGAGAAAGCUGCAAAAGUUGUGAUCUUGAAAAAAGCCACUGAAUAUGUUCAUUCCCUUCAGGCAGAGGAGCAGAAGUUAUUGCUUGAAAAGGAAAAAUUGCAAGCCAGACAACAACAGUUGCUAAAGAAAAUAGAAUACAAGCGGACUUGCUAAACUUUCUUUGUUUUGUUUUGUUUUGUUUUGGCUGACCAGGACAGUCAUUGCCACUUUGCACAUUUUUGAUUCUUUAAAAAAAAUUGUGUUUUUUGACGUUAAGAAUGUUGGUUUUACUUUCAAUCCAGUCCCUGAAGUAGUCGACAAAUUAUAUUAUCCGGGUACGGAGCAAAUGGAUGUUCUUGCAAGGAGUUUAUUGCAAGACUCCCAAACAACGACGGACUGCCUUUGUUUUUCUUCUUAAGAACUGUAGAUGGUGGGGAUUUUUUUUUUUUAAAUUGUUGUGAGCAUUUGGAGCUGCUGAUGACAUCUAGUUGAGUUUUAAAACGUUCAUUCCUAAGUUUUAUGGUGCUUAUGUUCUAACAGAUGUUACUUUAGGGGUUGGCAUUUGUACCCCUGUGGGAAUUUUCUGUAAAUACCAUCUACACACUUGCCUUUUGUACAUGUCUUGGGUUAUGAGAGGUGGCUUUUGCUACCAGUAUUAGACUGGAAGUUCAUACCUAAGUACUGUAAUACCUCAAUGUUUGAGGAGCAUGUUUUUGUAUACAAAUAUAUUGUUAAUCUCUGUUAUGUACUGUACUAAUUCUUACAUUGCCUGUAUACUUUAGUAUGAUGCUGAUACAUAACUAAAUUUGAUACUUAUAUUUUCGUAUGAAAAUGAGUUGUGAAAGUUUUGAGUAGAUAUUACUUUAUCACUUUUUUGAACUAAGAAACUUUUGUAAAGAAAUUUACUAUAUAUGCCUUUUCCUAGCCUGUUUCUUCCAGUUAAUGUAUUUGUUAAUGUUUGGUGCAUAGAACUGGGUAACUGCAAAGUUCUGUGUUUAAUUUCUUCCAACGAUGUACAUUUAGUGCUGCGUCUUAUAGCACUUUGAAAUACCUCAUGUUUAUGAAAAUAAAUAGCAAUUACAUGAUGUG